AUGCCACAAAGUAAAAGCUCACCCGCUGUGUUUAUUCCUGAUAUACAACAGACAUCAAAUGAUCCUUCCAAAGCUACUUUACAAAAGAGAAAAAGAGUUACAAGAGCGUGUGAUGAAUGCAGAAAGAAGAAAGUCAAAUGUGAUGGUCAACAGCCUUGUAUCCAUUGUACAGUGUAUUCAUAUGAUUGUACAUAUGACCAACCUUCAAACAGAAAGAAAAAUGGCGCUGAUGUUCAUUUAAUAGAAACAAAGUUAAGAAGUGCUGAACAUGUAUUGCACUUAUUAUUACCAGAUCUUGAUGUUUUUGAUCCUAACUUCAACUAUGAAGUAUUUGAAGAGAUUUUUUCAAAAUUUAGAAAACCUGAUGGUUCAAUUAAACUUGAUGAGUUAUCCAAAGAGUACAAGUCAAAAAAUAUCAUAAAUACUUCAACAACAAAGGAUAUAGCUGAAACGCCCACUUCAAACGUGUCAACACCUACUGCGUCAACUGGAUUAUCUGCCUUACCUUCAAAUAACACUGCAGCAUCUAAUACUUCUAAUAAUAAUAACAAUGCCAAUUUCACCAAUAAUAAGAACAAAAAGAGAAAACUCACAUUUCCACAUGCGAAUAUUGAUGGAUCUAUAGAAUCAAGAGCUGGUCGUGAGAUCAAAAUCAUUUUACCACCAAAGAAUAUAGCUUUGGAACUAGUCACAAAGACAUGGGCAUCACCUUGUGUUCUUUUCAGAUUUUAUCAUCGUCCUGCUUUUAUUGCAGAUUUAGAUGAACUAUAUGAGACAGAUCCAGAAAACUAUACAAAUAAACAGAAUAAGUUCUUACCUCUUGCUUAUUCAGUUAUGGCCGUUGGUGCGUUAUUUAGUAAAAGAAAUGGUGUUGAUGAUAGUUUCUUAGACGAUGAAGGUUAUAGAUAUUUCAUUGCCGCCAGAAAAUUGAUUGAUAUUACAGAUGCUAGAGAUCUUUAUGCUAUACAGACAAUUGUCAUGUUAAUUUUAUUCUUACAAUGUUCAGCUAGAUUAUCAACUUGUUAUUCUUACAUUGGUGUUGCAUUACGUUCAGCUUUAAAAGAAGGUUUACAUAGAAAACUGGCACACCCUUUCAAUCCAGUAGAAUUAGAAAUUAGAAAGAGAAUCUUUUGGACAAUUUAUAAGAUGGAUAUUUAUGUGAAUACAAUGUUGGGUUUACCAAGAUCUAUUGCCACAGAAGAUAUUGAUCAAGACUUACCAGAAGAAUUAGAUGAUGAUAAGAUUACUGAAGAUGGUUAUUUACCACAGGACCCUGGGAAAUUGAGUUCCUCAGCUAUAGCAAAUAGUCAUACUAAAUUGAUUUUGGUUUUAAAUCAAAUUGUUAAAAACCUGUAUCCAAUUAACAGUAAUUUAAGAUUGAUUUCACAUGAGAAAGUUUCACAAAUGGAAUUGGAAUUGAGAUCAUGGUUAUCAAAUUUACCAAAAGAGCUAAUUCCAGGAUUUGAUCCACCUUUCCAAUAUUACAAAGCUAAUAGAUUGUUACACUUAUCAUUUUUACACGUUCAGAUUGUUCUAUAUCGUCCAUUCAUUCAUUACAUUUCACCAAAGUACACCAAUCAACCAAACGUUGAUUCACUGUCUAUUCAAAGAGCAAAAAAUUGUAUAAGUGUUGCUAGAACUGUUGUUAAUCUAGCUCAAGAUAUGAUCAAGAAAAAUAUGCUAUCAGGGUCAUAUUGGUUUUCGAUUUAUACCAUAUUCUUUUCAGUUGCAUGUUUGGUUUAUUAUGUCCAUGAAGUUCCAUUUGACGAAUUUCAUCCAGAUUAUAUAGGUAUUAGAUCUGAUGCAGAAGCUGGUAAAGAAAUUUUAACUUUAUUAAAAGAUAGCUCAAUGGCUGCUUCAAGAACUUAUAAUAUUUUAAACUCACUGUUUGAGCAAUUAAAUAGAAAAACAGCUUAUCUGCAUGCUCAGAGACAACAACAACGUCAAAGAGAAGAACAAUUAUCCCAACAAUCUGCAAGUCAAACACAGCAACAACAGCAACAACAAUCAUCUCAACAAUUACCACAACCUCAAAUACCACAAUCUCAACAAUCAAAUAUCUUGUCUAAUAAUUAUUCAGUGCCAAUUGCGCAAAAUUUGACAGCUUCAAAUGUGAAUAACAAUACAAAUAACUUUUCAUAUCCUAAUCAACAAUCUCAACCAUCACAACAAAAUAUUCAACCUUCAGUUACACCUUAUGAUAUCAAAAUAGAGGAAAGUUUAGAUGAUUUUGAUUAUUUAGCUAAUUUUGAUAACUUUAUAAAUCCAAAUUCACAAUUUUCACAACCUGCCAAUCAAAUAUCAGCUACAAAGAAUACAACUACAAAUAAUACAACUACACAAUCUACACAAUCAUUACCAACAUCAACUAACAAACCAAUUGACGACCUUAAUAAUAAUUCAACUUCUGAUAAUUCAACAAAUAUUACAGGCCAAACUCCAGCUAUCGUACCUACAGAACCAGGUGAUAAUUAUAUGCCAGGUAUGAUUGAUCAAUUAGAUAUGCAGAUUUUCGGUAGAUUUUUACCACCAUAUAUGCUGAAGAGACCAGAUGGUACAACUGGUCCAGGUGCAAAAGGUGGGGAUUUACCAUCAGGUUUAAAUACAACAAACAAUCCAACCAAACUUGAAGACUUACCAAAUCUGAAUAAUGAAAGUAGUAACUUUACAAAUACUGCAACUACAACUAAUGGACUUGGUAAUGCAUUUGAAGGUAGUAUUUGGAAUGAAUUGAAUGACGGUGAUUUCACCAAAUUUGUAUGA